GCCGUUAUCAUCCCCGGCAGAGGGGAGGGGCAGCAAGAGCCCUUUCUGGCUCCUUUCUGACACCAUGAAGACCUGUGCUGUGAAGCUAGGGAUAAGGAAAACAAACACCAUGGCCCUCACACUUUAAAAGAAGCAUGUCCUCCUGAUCUUAAAACAUCAAAAGAAAGGACAAGAUAAGGCAGAUAUUUCAACUGUCAAAUCAACACUUCCAGCCAUGGCUUGGUUCCAGGUGAUGCUGUUUGUCUUUGCUGUGCUGCUUCCAUUGCAACCCACAGAAGGAAAGGAUCCAGACUUCGCUACUUUGACAACCAACCAAGUACAAGUUCAAAGAGAGAUCAUAGCUAAACACAAUGAGCUGAGGAGACAAGUUAGCCCCCCUGGCAGCAACAUACUAAAAAUGGAAUGGAACAAAGAAGCAGCAGCAAAUGCUCAAAAGUGGGCUAAUAACUGUAUUAUAGAACACAGUAGUACAGAAGACCGGAAAAUCAAUAUAAAAUGUGGCGAGAAUCUCUAUAUGUCGACUGACCCUACACCCUGGAGCACCGUAAUUCAAAGCUGGUAUGAAGAAAACGAAAACUUCGUUUUCGGCGUAGGAGCUAAACCCAAUUCCGCUGUCGGACACUACACUCAGCUUGUUUGGUAUUCAUCUUUCAAAGUUGGAUGUGGAGUUGCUUACUGUCCCAAUCAAGAUACCCUGAAAUACUUCUAUGUUUGCCAUUACUGUCCUAUGGGUAACAACGUGAUGAAAAAGAGUACCCCAUAUCAACAAGGGACACCUUGUGCUAGUUGUCCCAAUAACUGUGAUAAUGGAUUGUGCACCAAUAGCUGUGAUUUUGAAGAUUUACUUAGCAACUGUGAAUCCUUGAAGAGUUCGGCAGGCUGUACGCAUGAAUUGCUCAAGGCAAAGUGUGAGGCUACUUGCCUGUGUGAAGACAAAAUUCAUUAACAUGCCCAGUGUGCAACAUGACAGACUACAUGAGAAGGGGUACAGACUUAGUUGAGACAUGACAGGGAAAACCUAUAGGAGAGUAGUGAAACAGUGCAUCCCAAAUGACAAGGCUUCUUUCCUUCCUGGAUUUAUAUAGAAAUGUCUUUCAUACAGCCAUUAAAAAAGGUGUCAUUUAGGAUAACAACUCUGGAUUUUGACCAACUUUGCUGCUUCAAAUGUAAUGAAUCGAAUCAAGUGGAGAAUUUUGAACGUUGUACCAUAACUGGUCAUUCACCUCUAGAACUUUGAAAAGGAGAGAACUGUUUGUGUCCUAAACCAACCUGCAAUGGAAGAACGGGCUGUAGUUAUAUCACCAUCAACCUACUUCAUAGUGCCUACCAGGAUGAAUCUUGACCAUCUAGAUUUGUCUUAUGUCUUCUUACUUUAACACAAAUGAUCAUCUUUUCCAAUAAAGAAUUCAAGCUAC